CUGAACGCUGUUGCAGGUGGUGUCAACGAGUACUGCGAAAAAUUUGUCAAACAGUUUGAGCACUUCUGCACGGGUGCAGAACGUUCGGAAUUCGCAAAAACCAGUUCGGAAUUCUGCAAAUCCUUCCGCGACAGCUGCCAUCAGUCAACGACCUCGGCAAUGUCGGCAGUUUCGUCGGCAAUUUCUGAAGCUCCAACAAAACCGGGUUCUUCGGGGGCUCCAGAAGCUAUGGAAACCAUGGAGGCAGAAACAGAGGCUACUGAAGCUAAAGCAGUUGCAGAAGCUCCACCCCAAAUAGUUGCUGAACUGCCAAAAAAUGCUGCUACUGAAGCAGCUGAAUCUGCUAAAACUGCAGAUUUCAAAGGUGGUGUCAACGAGUACUGCGAAAAAUUUGCCAAACAGUUUGAGCACUUCUGCACGGGUGCAGAACGGUCGGAAUUCGCAAAGAAAAGUUCGGAGUUCUGCAAGUCCUUCCGCGAUAGCUGUCAUCAAUCAACGUCUUCGGCAAUGUCGGCAAUUUCUGAAGAAUCGGCACAACCGGGUUCUUCCGAAGCUACGGAAACCAUGGAAUCUCCGAAAUCGUCAGAAGGCAUGCCGCCGGAAACCAUGGAAUCUCCGAAAUCGUCAGAAGGCAUGCUGCCGGAAACCAUGGAAUCUUCGAAAUCGUCAAAAAGCAUGCCGCUUUCUGAUCCUAAAGUACAGAAAUACUGUGACGAUUUCUCGGAGAACUAUAACUUCUAUUGUGCCGGUGAUCAGUCGUCAGGACACGAGAAAUUUUGCCGAUCAUUCCGUACCAAUUGCCCGCAUAAGAUCAACUCGUAG